CGUCGCUGACGUCACGGCGCGGCGGAGAGAGCGGGCAUGCGGGAGGGGAUGGCGGUGACGUCACGGCGGGCGGGUGCGGGAUGGCGGUGACGUCACGGCGAUGGCGGCGGCGCUGUCCCCAGCGGGCCGCUCCAAGGGGGACAUCCGGGAGGAGGUGUGGGAGCACCUGGAGGCCUCGGGCCUGGCCGACUUCCCGCGGCCCGUGCGCGGCCGCAUCCCCAACUUCAAGGGCUCCUCCCACGCUGCCUCCAGGCUCCUGGGCUUGCAGCAGUUCCGAGCUGCCCGUGCAGUAAAAAUAAACCCCGAUGCUCCCCAGAGGAACGCCCGCUUCCUCACGCUGGAAGCAAGGAAGACUUUGCUGGUUCCCACACCACGUCUGAGGACUGGGCUGUUCAACAGGAUUGUCCCCCCUCCUGGUGCAACCAAGGAGAUGCUGAGGAGAUGUGCCACAUCCCAGGGUGUAAGAGACUUCAGCGUGCCUGUGGGGCUGGAUAGCAAAGCACAAGUGGACUUGGUUGUUGUGGGGUCAGUGGCUGUCUCUGAAAAAGGCUGGAGAAUUGGCAAAGGGGAAGGUUAUGCAGACAUGGAAUAUGCAAUGAUGGUGUCCAUGGGGGCAGUGCAGGAGGACACACCUGUGGUCACCAUCGUGCACGACUGCCAGGUGCUUGACAUAGCAGAGGAGCUGCUGGGUGACCAUGAUUUAACUGUGGAUUACAUCCUCACUCCAACCAGGACCAUCCAGACCCAUUGCAAACGACCAAAACCUCGGGGAAUUAUGUGGCACAAGGUCAGCUCUGAGAUGCUGGGAAAAAUCCCCAUCCUAAAGACUCUUCGCUGGAGGGAGAAGCAGGCUGGCAAGGAUGUCACCCUCCAAGAUGAACACCCAGCCCUGGCAGACACCAGCAGAGCAGCAAUUCCAGACAGGGAGGUGAUGGCUGCCAAUCCCCAGCCAUGGAGUGACCCUGUAAAUCCCAAAUCUGUAAAUCCCAAAUCUGUAAAUCCCAAAUCUGAGGCAUCUGACACAACCACCACUGUGUACGUGGGGAACCUGCCUGGCAGCCUGAGGGUGAGCCAGCUGAAAAGUGCCCUGAGGGAGCUGCAGGUGCUUCCUGCUGCCCUGAAGUGGCAGGGGGCACAGCACAGAGCUUUCCUGGACUACAGGGACCAGGGGGCUGCCCACAGAGCUCUGUCCUCCUUGCAGGGCCUGAGCCUUGGGGGCAAUGCCCUGAGAGUGGAGCUGGCCAAGAGCCACAGGGACAAAGGGCAAGGAGAAAUCAAUACUCACAAAUGAGAAUGGAAGGGGAAAAAAAAACACACAAAAAAGGUGUUUUCAUUGCUUUGUGAGAAGCCAACCUGAAGUUGUAAGGUUUUUGUAACCCUCAGGUUUAACAAAACCAAAUUUCUGCACAAACUUUCCUCACUUCUACACGUGGACAUGCAAAGGUUUGUCCCCACAAAGGGACAAGGUGACAGAGGAGCCAUUUAUCUAUAAAUAAUUGCCCACAAAGUACCCACACUCUGGUUUUGGUGCUGUUUGGUGGUUUUGUUAAGCCUGGCUUAAAGCCCUGCCCCUCGAUACCUGUCAGGUUAAAAGGCAGCAGCAGGACAUCUGUCCUGAGGGUAACAAUUGUGUUUACAGAAAAAUGGGCUUUGCCUGUUGGAAUUUUUCAGUUUAUUUUUUAUAAAAAUGACCAGGGAGAGAGAGAGAUUGUCCUUUUUGUGCCUUGAAGAGUGGCUGUGGAAACACUGGCUUAGUUCUAGCUCUAGUGAGAGCUGGUAACAUCAGGUGGGAAAGAUGGGAACCCCUUCUAGGCUUUUUGCUAAAUCUGCCCUUGGUAAACCUUAUAUUUCUUAUUUCAAAGGAAAACAAAUCCCAGUUUUCUCUGGUUUUCCCCAAUACUGCUUUUCUGAUGGAUCAGAUAAUUAUAAAAUUAUAAUUUUAUAAUUUAGCUAUAUAAUUUUAUAAUUUAGCUAUAUAAUUUUAUAAUUCAGCUGCUUUUCCUGAUUUUCUCUUCCGAUGGGAUGUGAUUCCUUUGCCUCUGUGAAAUAACAUUAUUAUUAUUGUUAUUAUUAUUAUUGGAAUGGAAAGCAGGCACACCAUGGUCAGAACUUGUUGGUGCUCAGUCUGGCAUGGAAUUCUUUGGGAAUUUGCUGGAGAUUGAUGCUUUGUCACCAUCCUGAUGCUCUUCCACAUCCCAGUGAGGAGGAUGAGGCAUCACCACCCAACUUCUCCAGCUGAAAAUGCUCCCAGGCACUGCCCUGGACAUGAACAUUCCCUUCCAGUGGAAUGGCCAAUAAUGAUUUAUCUGCUAUGGCUCUUAUUACCUUUUUUUUUCCCUCUUGGGUUUCCUAUUCCUGAAAAACAAGUUAAAUUUUGGCCCAGCCAUCCUUUCUAAACAGAAGCGCUUUUGCCAGUGGUGCUGGGCACGUAGUCAAAGUAAGCAUCUAAAUGGAUUUUUUUUUUUUUAAGUAAGAGUUGGAAAGUUUUUUCUUUUAGCCAGGGAGGACUGUUAAGUAUAUUUUAAGCAGAUUAUUAUGCCUUGAGGGUCAGACAUUUAUUCAGUAUUAAAUAUAAAGUUCUCAUCAUUUGUGGCUCUGUAGGGAAGGGCUGGAGGAAAGCUUUGGAGCUGCCCUAGCACAGGAAGGACAAGGAGCACCAGAGGAGGCAGCAGGAUGAGCAGGGAGAUGGAGAAGGAGGAAAGGUGGAGAGAAUUGGGAUUGUUCAGCCUGGAGGAAGGUUUUGGUGUGAGCUCAUCACUUUCCAAGUGGAAUUCACUCCUUCUCCCAAUGGAGAGGGACAUUGGAUAAGGGAUGGAGGGACAGCACACAGGAAAGGCUUCCCACUGCCAGAGAGUGGAUUUAGAUGGGAUUUUGGGAAGGAAUUCCUCCCUGUGAGGGUGCUGAGGCCCUGGCACAGGGUGCCCAGAGCAGCUGUGGCUGCCCCUGGAUCCCUGGCAGUGCUGGACAGGCUUGGGACACCCUGGGAUAGUGGAAGGUGUCCUUGUUCACAGUCCUUGUGCACAGCACAGGAGCUGGAACAAGAUGAUCUUUGAAAUCCCUUCCAACCCAAACCAUUCUGUCAUUCUGUGAACUCCUUGUAAGGUCAGCAAAGGAUCUGGAACAAAUCAGGAGUUCCAUUCCACUCUUUGUACAGCUCCAAGUGAUUUCCAGCAUCACUGAGCCCAAACUCGGCUGCACAACCCUCUGGGUCUCAUUGCAGCCCUUGGCAUUCAAGGCUGAGAGCCAGGGUUGUGUUACUGCCCAAACACACUCCCUGCAUCAGCAGCUUCCAAAGCAGAGGAAAGAAAAGCAAAAAAAUAAUUAUCCAUCCCUGCCUGCCCUUUCCAAAUGAUGGCAAAUUGAGUAAUGAGAUCAUUUGCUGUUCCUUUUCACUCUGGGAUAUUUCUUGCUCUGCUGAAGAUAUCCAGGUGACCUUAGCAGUUAAAAUCCAGUGACUCUGCCAAAGAAAACUUCCAGCAUCUCAAACUUCCCCUGUUGCAUUUCAGGUGUGACCCUUUUCUGGUCACGUUUGUGGGAAUCACAUCCUCUCCCUUCUUUCCUUUCUUCCCACCUUGAGUUUCAGUGCAGAUCUGUUUGUGUGUUCUGUAAAUGUGGUGACUUUGCUUGCUUUCCUGUCAGCCCAGCCUGCAGCCAGGGCCCAGCUUUGUUUGGACAAACAUCUGGAUGUUUUUCUGUUUGCAGUUGUGGCUCUGGGCGAACCCACAGGUGAGCAGUGUCCAAAACCUUGGCUCUCUCCAGCCUGUCACUUGUUUCUGUCAUGUCUCAAUGCCACAUUUCACUGUAUUUACCCAAUUUCCUUUCCCAGCUGAGAGUGAAACUCCAAACCAUGCUAUGAGGAGAUGCUAACUAGGGGUGUGCAACAGGUUGGAAAUCAGGAGGAAUUUCUUCAUGGAAAGGGUGGUCAGGAGGUGGUGGAGGUGUCCAAGGAAGGGCUGGAGCUGGCACUCAGUGCUCUGGGCUGCUGACAAGCUGGGGAUGGGUCACAGAUUGGAUUUGAUGACCUUGGAGCUCUUUUCCAACUUUUAUGAUUCUGUGAACUGUGGUUAGGAAGAAAAAUAAUUACUGUAAGCUUAUUAGCAUUUUGAAUGGACUGGAAAAAUGCUGCAGUAUUUUUGUAUUUUUGAUCAGGUUAUUAAUAAAUAUCAAGGUCUUUCAGGUGCUGCCAUCUCAGUCAGUAAAUCCCUGUCUGAAAUCAGGAUGGGGCUCUUGGUGCUGCCCUUCUCCAGCUAAAAGACAUGUCAGUGCCAGCUGCCAAACUGCUGUUGAAUAAAUGAAAUUAAUUAAACACAGGAGUGGCCAAGGCACAGCCCUGCACGGCCUUCUGGUGUCUGCAGCUGUGUGAUGUGGAUUUUCUCUUGUGGGCUGACCCUAAAGGAAGCAGCAGAUUGUGUAGAAAAAGUGAAUGGGGCAGUGUGCCUGUGUCAGAGCUAUUGUUCCAGGCUCUCUGCAGCCUCAGGAAGGCAUCACUUAGAGCAGGCAGGAGGGAUUUCUGUAACUCCACAAAAUUCUGAAGUGCAGGAGAUUUUAUUGAAUCCUUGGGUUCUGAUCUUACAAGAAAUCUCAAGGAAUUGAAGCCUCCUUAUGUUUUACUUUGGCUUAGAUCAAGGCUGUGCCAGAUACCAACAAUCAAACCAUAAAAUCCAUACCCUGAAAUAUUCUCUGAGUGAAUAAACAGCCUUUAAAUAGCAGAAUAUUUCCUCAAAUUCCUCAUUCUGUACCUGCUGUAGCUGUGACCUGUGAUGCCAAGAUACCAACAAUCAAACCAUAAAAUCCAUAGCCUGAAAUAUUCUCUGAGUGAAUUAAAGAGCAGAAUAUUUCCUCAAGUCAUAAUUCCUCAUUCUGUACCUGCUGUAGCUGUGACCUGUGCACAAAGACACAAAAUGUGCCUCAUCUCAGGGGCAUCCUGACUCAGUUUUACUGCUUGAAACUCAUCAGAAAAUCUUCAACAGUGACAAGGCAGUGCCUGGAUGCUGCAGAAAGGUCUGAAAUGCUGCUGAUGGAUCUCUACUCUGCUUUAAUGGGGAGUGAAGUGAUGCCCAGCCCAGCCCUGGGUGCAGCAGCAGCAGCAGAGCUGUGUGAUGAGCAGAAACGUUCAGCAGUACAAUGGGAAACGCUUUCCUGAGCCAACUUUGUUCCCAGUAAUUCAGACUGAGGGCUCUCUAUUCUCUGCACAGCCCGAUGGCCUGGCCUGUCAUGUGGCCAGGCACAUUCUUUCCAGCUCCUUUCAUGGCACAGACAUUUGGGAUGCUGCUGUUGAGCUGCUGUUGCUGCUCUCCCCUCUCUUUGAGGUUCAGAGGGGGAAGAUGCUGGUCUGGAGUGAACCCCUGGGGCUGGGUUUGGGACCAGCAGUGACCACCUGCGCGGGGGCGUGAACGGCCCUGGAAUCCGGCUAUCUGGUGAGGGGCGAAGGCCAGGGCCCCUGCGCAUCAGAAAGCAGCCCCCCUCGGCGUCUUGGCCUUGGGCUGAGCUGGGGGAUAGCUCGGAGCAGCGCGGUGAGAGACGAAUUAGGAGGCGACCACUUGCUGGGGGUAAACUGUCGGUUUAUUACAGAAGAACCAACAAGGAGGGGAAACACCCAGCAAAUGGCCCCGAACAAGGGGCAGGAGAGGGUUUUAAGGGAAAAGGUGGGAAGAAGGCAGGGAAACCCGGCUAUCCAAUAGAAAUACAUAUUUGGAGGUACGAAACAUAACUGAUAUACUAAAGUAACCAACUGUUAUAAAUCAUAGGAGGGGCUCCGGGGCUACAGCCAACCAUACCUCCCAGAGAAAAGAAAAUUCUCGAAACCUGGGAGGAGAAAAAGAGUGAUUGACUGACCCCAAGGAGGAAACAACUUUCACUUUAUAAGAGAAACCAAGGGAGGAGCAGUUUCAUUUCCAUAGCAACCUAACUGGCAGGGUAGCAGCAGGAAGUAAUACAGAAAAUGGGGGGAGCAAACUAACGAACUUAAGAACACACCACAGCAACCACCAAGGUGUUCCAUGAGGGAUGUGACCUUCCCAGGACAUUCUCCUUUCCUCCCUACCCUCAUUUGAGGGAGAAAUGCAGAGAGAAACCAGCAUGGGCUGAAUGGAGCCUCCACAGCUCCAUGAGGGAGAGCAGGGUGACUUUGGAGAGGGUUUUAGUUGGAGGCCAUCAGUGCUCUGUGUGUGGCACAGAGCAGUGAGGCAAGGCUGGAAUCUGCUAACAAUGAGGCUGAGGUGGCUCUGUGCCACCCCAAAACUGCACAGGCGUGAGGGUUUUCCUUCAGCCAGCCGUGUCCAUGCAUUUCCUGGAACGGGGACAAGGCCACACAGCUUCAAGCCACCAAAGACAACAGUAAACAAGCUGCCUUGCUGGGCAGGCUCUGAGUUACAGCAGUCACACACUGUUUGUUUCCAGAGAAAGGAAAAGGGGACAAGAAAAUCUCUCACCAUCAAGGCUUUUUCCUGGAUCUCACAUCCAGGCCCAGCAUCUCCCUGAUCCCCUCCCAACGAGCAGCCUGGAAGGACAGAGGUUUUAUCCCAUUAUCCCAAUUUAAAAAAACUCAGGAAAAGGAUGGUUAAACACUGUCUCCAAAUCGUGUCUUUAUUUUGUGUGUGUUUUUUUUUUUUAAUUUCAUCAUCUUCUACUGCUCAAAAUGGCUAUUA